UUCCGCAACCGAGCGAGAGCUCAGCGAAAACAGCAGACAGCAGCAGCAGGGCAACCCACCAAAUGCCCCAAACCCUCCGCUCCCUCCUCUUCUAGGGUUUCCUCCUCCCCGUCCGCGCCGCCCGCCCGCCCAUGGCCGCCACCUCCGGCGACGCCCCGGUCCCGCCCGCCAUGCCGGACCUCGUCCGUGACCACCUCUACUUCGGCGGCAUCAACGACGCCAUCGCGGCCCUCACCGCCUCCCUCCCGGACGGUACCGACAUCACCCACGUCCUCUCCGUCGUCAGCUCCGCCUCCAUCUCCUUCUUCACCGACUACCGCCCGGGCCUCUCCUUGCCAGCCGAGGAGGUCCGCCGCGUCGUCGCCGGGGAGGACGGGGCGCCCUCGGCGGUGGCCCCGGGGCGGCUGAUGCGGGUGGUGGAGAGGACCGGGGAAGGGCUAAGGGUGACGCGGAUGGCCGUGCCGCUCAGGGACACGGAGGAGGAGAACCUGCUCGACCACCUCGAGCCGUGCCUCGACUUUAUCGACGAGGGGAGGAAGGCGGGCAGCGUGCUCGUGCAUUGCUUCGCGGGGGUCUCGAGGAGUGCUACCAUCAUCACGGCAUAUCUAAUGAGAACAGAGCAGAAAUCUCUGGAUGAAGCACUAGAGUCCUUGAAGGAAAUUAAUGAGUCCGUUUGCCCAAACGACGGUUUCCUUGACCAGUUAAAAUUGUUUGAAGAAAUGGGUUUCAAGAUUGAUACUUCAAGUCCUUUAUACAGGCGCUUCCGCUUGAAAUUGUUAGGUCAGUCCUACAAAGUUGGAGAGAAAAUAGGGAACCAUGUAUUUGAAGACGAUCCUGGAGUUGCUCGACAGCCUAAUCCUAACCAGGAAUUGUCAGGCAAGGAGAAGACCCUUAAAACAGCAUACCGCUGCAAGAAAUGCAGGAGGAUCGUUGCUGCACAGGACAAUGUUAUCGGCCACACUCCUGGCGAGGGCAACUCUAGCUUUGCGUGGCACGACAAGAGGAAAGGCCACACACACAACAAGGAACAAGAUUGUUCCUCUCUGUAUGUCGAGCCUCUAAAGUGGAUGACUCCAGUAGAAGAUGGUGCUUUGGAGGGGAAGCUGUCGUGCAUCCACUGCGGGGCGCGCCUAGGGUACUUCAACUGGUCAGGGAUCCAGUGCAACUGUGGCAGCUGGAUCACCCCUGCCUUCCAAAUUUCCAAGAGCAAAGUUGAUGGAAUUCACGAGUGUGGUGUAGUGGGAUGGAGCGGUGUGGAGCGGCUUGCAAGGGGUAGAAUGGGUGAGUGGAAUGAACUUGUGGUGGAAUAGAGUCGGUUGGUUAUGAUGGGUUACACCACAAAUGGGUAUCAGAGUAUAUAUACAGAGAGUCCGAAAUCUGACGCAAAAAGCAAUUAGGCUCGGAAGUGCCGGAAGAAAACUUGUGGAACUACCUCAAAUAAAUUUGAAACUCCAAGGCAACAUUCAAAACCAGAGAAAA